AUAAAAGGUUAGCUACAGAUAGGGAAGCAUUCUCUUCGGAUAGGCUGGGUUGGAGGAAGGUUGCAACUGGAGAAGGGAUCCCUCACCAGAGGGUGGCAGUGGAGCAGCAUCAUUGUCCCCUCUGGGAUUGUGCCCUCUCUGGAGAAGGCUGGAAACGGUUGCUAUGGAACCUGAUCAGUGGACAGUGACCUUUGAAGAAAUUGCUGUUUAUUUCGCCAAGGAUGAAUGGGCCCUCCUGAAUCCAGCCCAACGAGCCCUCUACAAGGAAGUCAUGCUGGAGAAUUAUGGGAUUAUGGCCUCUCUGGGGAUUCCCAAACCGAGCUUGAUCUCCUGGUUAGAAGAAGAGAAAGAUCUGCUGGUCCACACCAUUGAAGGAGAAAGAUCAUCAGGUGAUUGGACGGAGAAAGAAGAAGAACCACUGAGAAGGAAAACUGAAGGAAGGCAGACACGGAGGAAGAACAAUGUGACUUCUGAUAGAGCCGACCUCCAUGACACCCCAACCCCAAAAAGUUACAAAGGGAAGAUAAUAUUACGCCUGCAUUCCCGAAACGUAGUAUCUGAACCGGCCCCAGGUGCACAUCAGGAAACACACAAACGGGAGACAUGCUUGGAGCAGACAACAACAAACAUCCGUCAAAGCAAAAUUCGUUUUCCCUCACGGAGAAACCACCCGGGAGAGAAAUCAUAUAAAUGCGUAGAGUGUGGAAAGCGCUUCCGUAGCUGCUUAGGCCUCUCGUCCCAUGAGAAAAUCCACAAAGGGAGAAAACAUAAAUGUUUUGAAUGUGGAAAGUCCUUCACUCAGAGCAACAAACUCGUUUCCCAUCAAAGGAUCCACAGCGGGGAGAAACCUUAUAAGUGCUCCGUGUGUGGAAAGGGAUUCAGUCGGCGCGAUAUACUGACCGUGCAUAGCAGAAUUCACACAGGGCUGAAACCCUAUACGUGCUCAGAGUGCGGAAAGGGGUUCAGUCGGCAGGAUUCCCUUGUUUUGCAUAGCAGGGUCCACGUAGCACGUAAUCGAACCCAGACAAAGGAGAAACCGUAUAUGUGCUCAGUGUGUGGGAGGAGUUUCACUCGCAGGCCGUACCUUGCUUCCCACGAAAGAAUCCAUACGGGAGAGAAACCAUUUAAAUGCUCAGAGUGCGAAAUGAGCUUCAGAUCCAAGAGAACCCUCGCUUCCCACGGGACAACCCACACUGGAGAUAACCCCUAUACAUGCUCAGAGUGUGGGAAAGGCUUCACUCAGCAGUAUUCCCUCGACGUGCAUCGCAGAAUCCACACAGGGGACAAACCUUACACGUGCUCAGUGUGCAAAAAGAGCUUCAGCCGAAUCGAUGUCCUGACGGUGCACAAGAGAAUCCACACUGGGGAGAAGCCAUACGGAUGCCGAGAGUGUGGAAAGAGCUUCAGGGACAAGACGGGCCUUACUUGCCACCAAAGAAGCCACGCAGGGAGAAAACCGUUUCGGUGCUUUGAAUGUGGGAAGAGCUUCAGCCAAAGCUCGUCUCUCUCUUCCCAUCGGAGGAUCCACACACAAGGGGGAAAGACUACAAGCUCUAAAUGCAGGAAGAGGUAAUAAUACAGCUGCACAGUAAAAAAAAAAAUGGUUUCACAAACCCGCUUGCAUAAAUGGUUGGGACUUGUGUUGGGACUACAGUUGCUAUGUAAUGUAUUGUAAGUAGGAUCCUAUUUAUGUAACCUCUGUCCUGCUUAACCUGUCAGGUGAACCGUGACGCUACAUUUCAGUUCUUUUUCAUGGUUCUAGAUUUCUAAGAUCCUAAUGCAUUAGUUAUUGAAUUUUGCAUUUUGUUGAUUGUACUGACUCACGAUCUAUAAUCUGGCUUCAGUCCCUGUGAGAAAGGCAAAGUAUAAACAACGGAAAAAAAUAAAAUAAAAAAGUCGCUUCUGAUGUA